AUGAAAAAUUGUACAAAGUAUCCAUAUAGGGACACUCAUGGGCAACAAACAUUGGGAUUUCAACCUAGAGAAGUUGGCAGUGAUGGUGAGGGUGUUGUUGAUGUUGUGGUUACGCCAUUUUCCAUAGAAGUUGCUAUGAGGCAUCUUGCCGAGAUGAUAGUAAUUGAUGAAUUGCCCUUUAGAUUUGUGGAUGGGGUUGGUUUUAAGACGUUUUGUAAUGUCAUGCAACCCAAGUUCAAGAUUCCAUCUCGAUAUACUGUUGCUAGGGACAUUGUAGACAUAUACACUAAUGAAAGAGAGAGGUUGAAGAAAAUUGUGAAGGGGCGCAGAAUUUGCUUUACCACAGACACAUGGACUUCCAUACAAAAUUUGUGUUAUAUGUGUCUAAAUGCACAUUUCAUCGAUGAUGAUUGGAAGUUACAAAAGAGAAUUAUAAAUUUUUGUCAAGUUGAAGACCACAAAGGAGAAACACUUGGUAAAAAAAUUGAGGCACUCUUAAAAGAGUGGGACAUUGAUGGCCUUUUCACCUUAACUGUUGAUAAUGCGAGUUCCAAUAAUCUAACCAUUAGAUUCUUGAAACGAACCACAAAAUUAUGGAAGGGAACUGUCUUGGGCCAUGAAUUUUUGCAUAUGCGUUGUUGUGCGCAUAUUCUAAAUUUCAUUGUUAGUGAUGGAUUGAAGGAUCUUAAGUCUUGUAUAGCGAAUGUGAGGCAUGCAGUGAGGUAUGUGAGGUCAUCUCCAAACCGCCUUGACUCUUUUAAGAAGUAUGUGGAAAGUUUGAAAAUUGAGAGUAAGAGUCUCUUGUGCCUAGAUGUGCCAACACGGUGGAAUUUUACAUAUCUUAUGUUGGAGGCAGCAGAAAAAUUUGAAAGUGCUUUUCAAAGAAUGGGUGAGGAGGACUACAAUUAUAAACAGUACUUUUUGGAUAAUGAAGGGGGUGAGAGGAGAGAGAUGCCUACCGCCGAGGCUUGGGAUAAUUGUAGGGUGUUUUUGAAAUUUCUUAGAAUGUUCUACAAUGCAACAAAGAGAUUUUCUGGCUCUUUAUUUGUUACUUCAAAUACAUUCUACACUGAAAUUUUUGUCAUUGAAAAUAUGAUUGGACAAUUAAUCAAAAACAAUGAUCCUAUUUUGUCUUCAAUUGCAAAAAAAAAAAUGAAAGAGAAGUUUGACAAGUAUUGGGGAAAUGGGGAUAAAAUCAAUCUCCUUUUGUACAUUGCGGUUGUUCUUGACCCUCGAAGAAAAAUGACAUACUUGCAAUUUUGUUUUUCAACAAUUUUUGGUGGAGAUGUUGUGAAAGUGAAAGAAAUGUUGGAGAAGGUGAAAAAUUGUUUGAGUAAAUUGUAUGAUCAUUAUGCCGCGAAAUGA